CUCCACUGCAGCGUCCAGCUCACGAGGCUCCAACUUGGCAGCCUCAGGAAAGUUUAGCAAGGCGGCCCUGACCUUCGGCCUUUGCUCCAAAAAUUCAGACUCCCAGUCAUCCUCACCCUCAUAUCCAGACUCGUAGCCAGACUCACAUUCAUAAUCAUCCUCAUAACCAUCAUACUGAUAAUCAUCCUCUGCCUCAUCAUCGUAACCAUCCUCGUCGUCAGCCUGAGGAUCAGAAUCAGCCUCCUCGAUCUCAACCUCAGCCUGAAGAUCAGAAACCGCCUCCUCCUUGGCCUUCCAUUUGAGAAGGGGGUCCCCGCCGGCCACCACGUUCCCUCCCCAUCGGUGCCCGGCAUCCGCUCCGAAGUGCAUAGAUCCAGCCAGCGGUUGGUGGAACCCUCCUCGCCGGUCACCAUCUUCUGCUCGGUGCUGCUCCUUCCCAGCACGGGAUUGGUGGCAGAAUCAUCCUUGCCGGCCAUCGGCGGCGCCUUGUGGAAUUGAUCAGCUGCCAAUCCAAUCGACUCGACCCGCCUCGCCGCGGCUUGUCGCGUGAUUGGGUUGAGAAGGGGGUGCUGCGGCGUCUUGAUGUAUAAAGGGCAGCCGCAACCCUAGCCUUGCCUUCUUCAGGUCGGAUUGUCGAAACUAGAAUCCGUGUCGGGAUGGCCAUAGUCCCUAUAAUCAACUUCUAAACCAGUUUUCACGUAGCUUUAUAAGUAGAUUAAUUGCGUAGGUGUAGCAAAGCCCGGUCUCCUCCUCCCUACAGAAACAAAAAAGUGUCCAUUGCCUAAAUUGCGGGGGAGACGCAACAAAGUUCCUUGUACCACUCUUUUCUCCUAGGUUGUCAUCUGCCUCCUCGCCAUGGCCGGCGACAGAUACCCUUCACCUCCCGCCGGCUCUCAGGCGUCCUCUUCGAGCGAAACUGAAACUGGGGUACCGGAGCAUGUGGUGGAGGUGAGCAGCAGUGAGCUUGGGGGUGCAAGUAAUGAUCUGACUAAGUUUGAGACCCUGAUGCUGAAUGACACACCUCACACACCUGAAUCAGCUGACGGGCAGGAGAUAUUUGGAGGAUUUUAUCCACUCAACCUUCAAGGUGAUAUAAAAUUUAAGAGAAGACAAGCUGAAGAACGAGCUCAAUUUUUCCAAGCACAAGGAUAUUGGCCACUCGACUUUGAAACUAAUAGAGAAUAUGAAGGCAUGAAACUUGGAAAACAAACUCAAUCUGUCCAAGCACGAGGACAACAUACUUAUGCUUCUAAGAAAGAAGAAAUUGCUGCAAAUGCGAAACGAUGGAUGAGCGAGGAGGCGAUGGCGGCUUUCACAAGAUACAUUGAGAGCAAAGAUGAUCUUAAGCGGAUUAUUUAAAGAUAUUUCAUCACUUCAACUUUACUGUCAAGAUAAAGAAGCCUGGCUCAGCUGAUUGGACGUCGGCGAUGUACUUCGCCGAGGUCAAAUCGAUAUGUAUGAUAAAAGUCUAUGCCUGUUAUCCUUUGGAGCAAGAUCAAUAUGGUGAAUGUUAUGCAUGUAAGAACCAAGGAAUGGGUGAACUGAGGCACCCAUUAAAAGGGAUAUACGAUAUGGGCAGCGAAGAUAUACAACAUCCCUUCUAUUAUGAGGACAGUGACUGAUGGAUUCGAUCCAACAACGGCACGGAGUGAAUCUUCUGAUGAUGAUAUGAGUUGAUGAUGGCCUUGUCCUUUAUUCUAGUACUCCCUCUGUAGAAAGGGGGUAUAAGUUUAACUUUGGCUCUUGAUGAGAAUGCCAAUUUAUAACUUUGGCUGGGAUUUAGUUUUGGGGGGUUUUAUUUAGAGAGGCUGGCUGGGACAUGGGAGGUUCUAUUAUGUGUUGUCGGUUCUAAUGUCACACUGGUAUUUGCUUUGAUGCUACUGCUGGUUUACCCUGCUUAAAUUCUUGCUUUCACAGUUGGUGAAGUGCAAGUUUUUAUUUA